ACUUAAGUGGGUUCGCCACGCUUAAGUACUGGAGUCAGUUGGUAAUCAGCUAGUUUUUUUGUGAUCAACUUUCCGCGAAUGAAAUGCAACGCCUGCUGGCUUGCUUCUUACUGGCCACCACUCUACCCGGGCUUGAUGUACUUGCCCAGAACCUGAACCUGAGUCAAACCAUCGAUCUGGACAAGUUGGCCAAAAUAGUAGUGCCUUCGAAACUCCAAACUCGUGUUGUCGGCGGUCGUGUCACUACAAAUGAAAAACUAGGCGGCUAUCUAAUUGCUUUGCGCUACGACAAGGAGUUCAUUUGCGGUGGCACUCUGAUCCACGACCUCAUCGUCCUCACGGCUGCGCAUUGCUUUUUGGGGCGAGAGAACAUCAAGGAAUGGGAGGCGGUUGGCGCCACCUCGAAGCUUCGAGAUAAAGGCAUUAUACGCAAAUUUAAGGAAGUCAUCAAGUCCGCCCAGUUUCGAGAAGAUGACAUGAACAUGGAUGUGGCCGUAGUGCGGCUAAAAAGCCCCAUGAAGGGCAAAAACAUCGGAAAACUAUCACUGUGCACUGCGCACCUCAGGCCGGGUCUGGAACUAGUGGUUUCUGGCUGGGGAAUGACCGAUCCCAGUGGCACUCGCCCGCAGCUCUUAUUGCGGACGGUUACAGUGCCCAUUUUAGAUAAGAGUGUAUGUCGUUCUUCCUACUGGCCAGCGGUUAAUAUAACAGACAGCAUGUUUUGCGCCGGAGUUCUGGGGAAGAAGGAUUCCUGUACAUUUGACUCCGGUGGUCCGCUGGUAUACAAGAAGCAAGUAUGUGGGAUCGUGUCCUUUGGAAUCGGGUGUGCCAGCAGACGCUAUUCCGGCGUCUACACAGACAUUACUUACGUAAAGCCCUUUAUAGAGAAGAGCAUUAAGGUAUUGCUGGCGUAAACUUGAAUAAAUUGUACAAACUA